AUGAGGCACUGUCAGUCUAAGUAUAUCCACUUCCUGGCUGAGAACAAUCUUCAGUAUGUCCUACAGGCACCUGCCUUUGAAUUGACUCCAAGUGAGACAUCCAGAGUUCUACAAAGAGUCGCUUUCUCCGUUCAGAAAGAAGUUGAAAAGAAGCAGAAGCCGUUCUUGAAUGACUUUCAUGUGGAAUCCAUAGAUACUGCCAGAAUAAUAUUCAGCCAAGUGAUGGAAAAAGUAUUUGAAGAUGGCAUCAUUAACUGCAGAAGAAUUGUAACUAUAUUUGCCUUUGCAGGAGUUCUCCUUAAAAAAACUUCCACAAGAGCAGAUUGCCAGGGAUGUGGGUGUGUACAAACAAGAUUCCAGUUUUGUGGAAGAAUUCAUAAUGAAUAA